UUCCGAGUUAUUCAACCAAACAAGUGGGCGGACCCUAAAGGAGUAUGCAUGACGUGUACUUUCAAAAAAAUUUGGAUUGUUUUAUAUUACGUUGUUGGUUGAAUAGUUUAACCAUUCUAAAAUGCCAAGACUAACUCGGCGAGAUACUGUGCAGCUCUGCUUGUUGCUGUUAGUCGUACCUUUUCAGUUUUGGUUGUCCCAUGAAUUCCGACAACCUCGUCCCGUACUGAAAGCAAUAAUGGAAUUCAUGGAUAGCUGUCAGGGUUCACUUACUCUUUAUGGAUCAAAGUGUUGGGAAAGUAUCCUCUUUUUAUUAGAAGAUAUGAGAGGGUCUCCUGGACAACAAGAUAACUUACCUGGUGAAUCCCCAGCAAUAGAAGUAUUGGAAUACAGGAAUAUCCAAAACAAUAUGUUUGCAAGUUCAACUGUACCUCGUUAUUCAAGAUCUCCUGAUAUACAUUUUAGAAUAGGGGAUGUUGUUUUACAUAAACACAAACAGUUACGGGGGGUUAUUGUUGGAUGGGAUUAUAAAGCCCAAGCUCCAGCAGAAUAUUUAAAAGACUUUUAUAAAACUAAAGAACAAAAUCAGCCAAACUAUUUGAUUGCCAUUGAUACAAGAGAUCGCAUCAAUCCACAAUUCACAUACACUCCAGAUGAGAAUCUACAACUAUUAACAAAUGUUCAUGUCAUUCACCCCAACUUGGAAGAAUACUUUGAACGAUAUGACGGCAGUAGAUAUAUUCCGAGGCCUUGGCUUCAAGCGAUCUACCCCAAAGACUAAUGUGCCGACUGCAUAUAUGUAUAUAUCCCAGUUUUAAAACAUCUAGCCCUACACUCCCUCAUCAAAACUGGCUAUACAUUGACCAAUGCUGUGAUUUCAUUUUGACAUAAAACCAAGUAUUUGUUUUGCAUCAAAUUUAUUUUGUUAAUAAUUUUAUAGUAAGUCACUCUUUAAGAUUAAAGAGUGUUUGCACAUCUGAUGUUUGUCUAAAAUAAAAUCGCCUUAUUAAUCACAGGUUCAGCCGUUCAGCAUGUUAAUAAUAUUGAAUCUUGAAUGUUCAUUUAUUUACAGCACCAUCAAUGAGGAAAAUCCGAAAAUCUAUUCAACAAAGACAUUGGACAUUUCAUGUUACAAGAGAUCAGUGUGUUAAUUUGGUUCUGAAUAAACUUUGACAAUUAAUG